AUGGAUUUUUCUGAAGAUAGUUCCAGUAGUUCAGAUGAUGAAGAUUUAUUUGAUUUGGCAUUAAUUAUUGCAUUCCCACGACCUACAGAAACUACCACUACAGUGAGUGUAAGUAUUUCCACGGUUGAAAAGGAAAUACAAAAACUUAAGCCUAUUGUGGAUGAUCUGGGAACAUUAGUUUCUGGACCGGCCCAGCCAAUAUUAAAUUCUUAUCCAAAAUCUAAAUUUGGCUUACAAAAUCGCAGCUUUAACUCAUCUUACUUUGCUAAACAUGAUUGGCUUGAAUAUAGUAUUGCAUUAGAUGCUAUUUUUUGUUAUGCUUGCCGUAUUUUUAGUGAUGGUAGAACACAAUAUGAAGAUGUAUUUACUGUCUCUGGUUUUAAAAAUUGGAAAAAAUUAAGUGGGUCAAGAGGGGCUAAUAAAAAUAAAGCUUGUAAAUUAGAAGCCCAUUCUUUUGCUCAAUUUCAUUUAACGUGCAUGACGUCCAAGUGGAAAGCUCAUCAAAAUACUCAAAUUACAGGAAGUGUUCAUGCCCAAUUAUCAACCCAGCAUAAAUUACUUGUAGAAAGCAAUAGAAAAUAUAUGAGUACACUUAUUGAUAUAGCAUUAUUGUUAGCUAGUCAAGGUUUGGCUUUAAGGGGGCACGAUGAAAGUUUAAACUCCUUAAACCAAGGAAACUUUAAAGAAAUUUGUAAAUUACUCUCUAAAAAUAAUUCAGAAUUUAAUAAAAUAUAUUCUAGUCCCACCAACUACACAAGUCAUUUAAUGCAAGAUGAGUUAUUACAUUUAUGUGCUGAUGAUGUAAGGCAAAAAAUAAUAGAAGAAGUUGAAAUUACUGGAAUGUUUGGGUUGAUGUGUGAUGAAGCAAGAUGUUUCAAAGAAGAGCAAAUGGCUGUUUGCAUACGUUACACAGUUGGAUUAGAUGUAUUCGAAAGGUUUUUAGGUUUUAUCAAUACUUCUGAAAAACAAGAUGCUGAAAGUCUUUAUUGUCAUAUUCUUAAAUACUUUAAACACUGCAGUUUAAAUAAGGCUCAAAUUGUUUCUUAUGACGGUGCCAAUGUAAUGGCAGAAAAAUUUAAUGGUAUUCAAGCAAAAAUAAAAAACACCUUUCCCUAUGCUAUAUUCACACAUUGCAUGGCACAUAGGAUGAACCUAGAAACCAGAAAUGUAUUUAAUACUUUGGAAGCUUUAUAUGUUCACUUUUCAUAUCCAACAAAAAAUAAAAAACUAAUUGAUAUGCAAGCAAAAUUAUUAAUAAAAAAUAAGUCCAUUAUACGGUUGAGUGAUACCAGAUGGAAUUGCAGAUAUAGAAACUGUGAAGCUGUAUUAAAUAGUUAUGGGUGUAUUAUUGAUAUACUAAAAGACGAAAUUGAAAAUGAAGUUGAUAAAAGUGUUAAUGAAUCAAUAGAAAAAACUGCUACAUUGGGAAAGGCAAAUGAUAUGAUAAAAGGAGUUAUACAAAGUCUAAAAGAGGCAAGAUCAAAUGAGGGAUUUAAUGAGAUAUGGAAAAACAUUCAAAAUUUUGCUGAAAAAUAUAACUUAUCUUUGGAAAUUGCCUAUGAAAAAGAAAACAAAUAUGAAUCAAAUUUACUUCAAGGUUUUGUUUUGUCGACAACCACUGGUGCAGAAUGUCAGUCUACUGAAUCUGACUCAGUUGAAAUUCAUUUUAGAGUUAAUGCUUAUUUCAAAACUUUGGAUGCUGUUAUAGUUAACAUGGAAAAAAGAUUUUCAACUGAGAGUUUACAAAUGGCUUCUGCAGUUGAUAAUUUCUUAAAAUUAAACUUUAAUGAGAGUAAAUUCUUUAUUGAACAUUAUCAGGACUUGUUGGGCAUAUCUAAACAAGAUUUAAGAUCAGAAAUGACAGUUGCCAAAAAUUUGACGAUCACUCUUCCAAUUAGUUCAUCAACAUGUGAGCGUUCUUUUUCGGCAAUGAGACGCUUAAAAACAUCUAUGCUUCAAAAUCGUUUCAACACAAUUUCAAUACUUAAUAUUGAAAAGGAUAUUGUAAAACAUAUUGACAAUGACUCCAUCAUCAAAAAAUUUGCAAGAAAAAAUAGAACAAUUGUGUUACAAUAA